GCAAUGUUGUCAAAAUUUAUUUAUUGACAAUAUGUUGUUAACCAAUCUUCUCCCUUACAAAAAAGGAAAGGGAGCCCUGCACUUUCAAACAUAAGGCCUUAGGAUGACAUUGGAGACAACUAGAAGUUAGAAGACCCACCUUGCGAUUGCUGCAAAACCUAAUCAAAUCUAAUGCUAAAGGUACAAAGAAAGGCUUAUGUGCCAUUCCGGCACGCGCCAUUUCUACUCAGACCAAAUGCUGUCCCGCCCUCCUCUCCUCUAGACCUCAUUAAGCUCUUAAAACUGUCAGCUGAUACUAAAAACCUCAAGGUUGGUAAAACAAUCCAUUCCCAUUUGAUCGUAACUUCCCAAGCCACAGAAAACAGCAUAAUUGAAGUUAAUUCCUUGAUAAAUUUCUAUGCAAAAGUUAAUCAGGUCUCCAUUGCCCACAACUUGUUUGAUAGAAUGCCUGAAAGAAAUGUGGUUUCUUGGAGUGCUUUGAUGACUGGGUAUUUACUCAAUGGGUUUUCUUUGAAAGUGAUUAGGUUGUUGAAAGAUAUGAUUUCGAAUGGUAAUGUUAGCCCGAAUGAGUAUAUAUUCGCAAUUGCGAUUUCUUCUUGUUGUGAUCGUGGGAGCGUAGAGGAGGGUAGGCAAUGUCACGGGCUUUUGUUAAAGACUGGGUUCUCGUUUCAUAAUUAUGUGAGGAGUGCUCUUGUAUCUAUGUAUUCUAAAUGUUCGAUUGUUCAAGAUGCAAUGGGGGUUUGGAAUGAAGUGCCUGUAAAUGAUAUUGUUGCUUAUAAUUCGAUUUUGAGUAGACUUGUGGAAAAUGGGUAUUUGAGGGAGGGUUUGGAGGUCCUGAGGAGUAUGGUCAGCGAGUCUGUGAAGUGGGAUAAGGUUACUUUUGUUAAUGCUUUUAGUCUUUGUGCUUCUCUUAAAGAUUUGAGAUUGGGUUUGCAUGUUCAUGGCAAGAUGUUGACGAGUGAUGUUGAAUGUGAUGCAUAUGUUAGCAGUGCAAUCAUAAAUAUGUACGGGAAAUGUGGAAAGAGUUUGAUGGCAAGGGAGGUCUUUGAUGGUUUGCAAAGUCGGAAUGUUGUGUUAUGGACAGCGAUCAUGGCUUCUUACUUUCAAAAUAGUUGCUUUGAAGAAGCACUGAAUUUAUUUUCAAAAAUGGAGCAGGAAAAUGUAAAAUCAAAUGAAUUUACAUAUGCUGUCUUGUUAAAUGCUUGUGCGGGCCUGUCUGCGCGAAGAAAUGGGUCUUUGUUACAUGGACACAGUGAGAAGUCGGGCUUUAAGCACCAUGUUAUGGUUGGAAAUGCUUUAAUAAAUAUGUAUGCAAAGAGUGGCGACAUUGAGGCAGCUAAGAAAGUAUUUUCAGAUAUGAUGCAUCGUGACAUCAUUACUUGGAAUGCAAUGAUAUGUGGCUUCUCACACCAUGGGCUUGGAAAGAAAGCUCUUCUUGUGUUUCAAGACAUGUUGGCUGCAGAAGAGCAUCCUAACUAUGUAACUUUUACUGGGGUUCUCUCUGCUUGUGGCCAUCUGGGUCUAGUGCAAGAGGGAUUCUAUUAUCUGCACCACCUAAUGAAACAGUUUGGUGUCCAACCUGGAUUGGAACACUAUACUUGUAUUGUUAGCCUUCUAAGCAAGACAGGACAACUUAAUGAAGCCUGGAAUUUUAUGAGGACAGCACCAGUUAAAUGGGAUGUUGUUGCCUGGCGUACUUUGCUCAAUGCAUGCCAUGUCCAUCAGAACUACGGCUUGGGAAGGUGGGUUGCAGAAUUUGUCUUGGAGAUGGACCCUAAUGAUGUAGGGACUUACACACUGUUAUCUAAUAUCUAUGCCAAGGAAAAGAGAUGGGAUGGAGUUGUCAAGGUUAGAAAGUUGAUGAGGGACAAAAAGAUUAAGAAAGAACCUGGGGUGAGCUGGAUAGAGAUUGGAAAUGUCACCCAUAUAUUUACUUCGGAAGACAAUAGGCAUCCAGAUUAUGGUCAGACUUAUCAAAAAGUAAAGGAACUCUUAGCUAUGAUUAAGCCACUGGGUUAUACUCCAGAUAUUGGUGCAGUACUGCAUGAUGUAGAGGAUGAACAGAAGGAAUAUUAUCUUAGUUAUCACAGUGAGAAGCUGGCCAUAGCUUAUGGACUUCUGAAGUUGCCAUCAGAAGCAUCCAUCCUUGUAAUUAAGAACCUUAGGAUAUGCGAUGAUUGCCAUUCAGCUGUGAGACUUAUUUCAAAGGUUACAAACAGAGUGAUAGUUGUUAGAGAUGCCAACCGUUUCCAUCACUUUCGAGAUGGGAGGUGUUCUUGCUUAGAUUAUUGGUGACAAUUAAAAAAAUUGCAUGUACUCAUAAUACAGUGGUUGUGGCCUUGGGGAUCAGCCUCCAUGGUGGCUCAAGGAUAUUGAACAUGUUAGAAGCCCUACCAGAGCGAUAACGGGUCAUGGAAAUCAUGCUUUGUUAUAGACUUGACUUGACCUAACUGGACUGCUACAGCUUCAAGGUAAGGUCCAGAAUACACAUGUCGAUGCUGAUUGAAUUAUAGAAACGGCUUCACAUGAAAUGGGGGCAGAAAGUACAUCAACAAAUUAUUGAAUCAGAAUUCAGUAACUUGCUAACCGAACUGGAUAUGAGGUUUUAUUAAGUUAAUUAUACCUCAAUCAAUGCUGUAGAUUUGCACUAACAUUGAUUAAACAUAAUCAUAUCAUGCUUUAUGAUUUGCUUUCUAAUGCUUCGCUCUCUUUGUAGUGUUUCUUUUCGUGAUUUACUCUUGUUAGUGCUCUUAAGUAAUAUUUCCACUUAUGGAAUAUUGAAGUAUGGCGCAGCCUGUUUAACUAGAUCCAUGUCUGCUUUUAUGAAAGCCAUUUUUUUCUCCUUCUAUAUUUUAGAUAAAUAUUAGCGUAUUAUUAGAUGAUUUUGUUGUAACUGUAUAUAGCAGAUCAAGAUAUUUCCCUGGUUUAUUAUGCAACUGAAGAAUAUCUCCAAUUGGUUGCUGCUGCGACUGGUGGAACUGGCAAAUAAUUUUCAACAUGAUUGAUGAGGUUCUCGGAAGUGUGAGAUAUUCUGGGGGCAAGUUUAAAACAGAGCUUCAAUAUGUUCAACAGAUGCCUUUCUGGAAGGACAGCCACUGUAUUCUUCGAAGUAUAGCUGAUCAGGCAUGUUGUUGAAAUAACAAUUGGCUGUUACAGUUGGACUCGUUAUAUUACAAGAGCAUGCAGGGCUGGACGACCCUAUUAUAAUCAAUGCAAUGCAUCUUCAGAGAUUGUAAAGGCUAUAUAGAGCCAUCAACCAGAAUAUAAUUUCUUGAGAGGAGCCUCCUAUAUAAUUUUUCUCUCUUAAGAAAAUUGUAGUUCUAACAAUAGUUUGAGGUUUGUCUUGCUCGUAUUGUCUCUCAUUAACAAAAAUUUAUAGGUGAUACGGACAGUAAAAUUAUCAUUUUAUCCUCCACAAUGAAAACCAUAUAACUUGCUUUUA